CGCAUGUAUUUUGAUGAAGAAGUCGGAAACUUUUUUAAACUCUUAACCCGCAAGAACAUACAAUUUAAUAUUAAAAACCAAAAAAUCUGAAAAUAAAUGUUCAAAAUCUUUCGCAGAACAUUUUCUUUAAUUAAUGCAGAAGCAACUUCCACACGAUUUGAAAAAUUUGAGGAAAAAGUGUGGAAAAGGAUUCGAGAAAUGGAGGAAACAAAUAAAAAGAAUUUAGAACAGGGGAAAUUAGAGAUUCCACGUUUUGUCAAGAAAGAAGGCAACGAAGCGAAAUUCAGUAAGAAACGACGAACGUGGGCUGAAGGCGGCAAAAAAGAAGAAGACCUGAAGAAACAAAGGACUGAAGAAUCCCCGUUCGAACGAGUCAAACGGAAAAAGAGCCUUAUUGUUUUGGGAUAUUCGGGCGUCAAUUAUUUUGGAAUGCAACGAAAUCCGGGUUUUAGUACGAUUGAAGAAGAAUUAUUAACUGCCUUGAAAAAAUGUGAAUUUAUUACCCCCGAAUCGUACGAACAGCCGCAAUGGAUUGGUUUUCAACGGGCGGCCCGAACCGAUAAAGGCGUUUCAGCCAUGACACAAUGUGUCUCCUUAAAAUUGCCUGAUGUCGUUGAUGUCGAUGCAAUUAAUGCAUGUCUUCCGGAGCAAAUUAAAGUUUUCGCCGUGAAACGUGUCACGAAAGGCUUUAAUUCAAAGGAAAAUUGUGAUUUUCGAACAUAUUCUUACACAUUGCCAACAGUUGCAUUUGAAAAACACGACACGCCUGAUCAAAAAAUGGAAAAUUAUCGCGUCACACAGGAAAAACUAAAUGAAGUCAAUGAAGUACUCAAAAUGUAUGAAGGCACAAAAAAUUAUCACAAUUUCACGUCGAAAAAAGCUGCUUUUGAUCCAUCGGCACGUCGUUAUAUGGUCUCGUUAGAAGUUGGAGCGCCAUUUAUCGUUCGCGAUGUGUACGAAUUUGCAACCAUCAAGAUUAAAGGCCAAAGUUUCAUGUUACAUCAAAUUCGGAAAAUGGUUGGAUUGAUGCUCGCAAUUGUACGAGGCUUAACUCCCAAAGAAACAAUUUCAAAGGCGUUUCAACAAGAAAAAAUCGAUUUGCCAACAGCUCCUGGAUUGGGUCUCGUGUUGAAUCAACCGCAUUACGAUCGAUACAAUAAGAGAUAUGGCGAUGAUGGAAUACACGAAAAAUUACUUUUUGAAGAUAUCAAGGAGCAAGUAGAAGAGUUUGCGAAAAAACACAUUAUAUCAAAUAUUGUUGACACGGAGCUAAAAGAAAAAUCAAUGAUGGAUUUCAUUGAAAAACUGCACAAACACACCUAUGAGCCUCGAGAAGAUGAAAAAGUCACGGAACCCAGUAGUAAAGACGAUGAUGGAGAUGAAUAAAUUUAGAUAACUUUAACAUUGCAUCUUACUACAACUUUAUUUAAGAAUGUUUUUUUGCCACAGAAAAAAAUUUUGUGUCUAAAAGUUAGUUUGAACACGUUCAAAAUCCCCUCGAUAGCUAAAAUUUGAGAAAAAACAUUUUGAUCCGUUGAAAAGAUCAAUUUUUGGG